CGGCAUGACAACGCGCUCUCGAGGGCAAACGGGGAACGGCUGACGGGCGCGAGGAUGGAAGCAGAAGAUGCCCAGUAACGGAAACAGCGGCGGGAAGAGAACGAACGGCAGCACCGGCACCGGCACCGGCACCUGCUCCGGGAGCGUCUCGGUCCAUGUCCCGGCCAUGGAGAGAGCCCGGCCGGUGACGGUGACGGUGUCCGCGGUGAGCCUCGCGCUCAGCGUGCUGUCCCUGCUGCUGCUGGUCACCGCCAUCUCCACCGACCACUGGUACGAGACCGACACCCGCAGACACAAGGACAACUGCGACCGUCACGGAUCCGACUCCAACGACCAGAAGAACCGGGAGAUGCCCAUCUACCACCUCCCGCUGGUGGACACCGGCAGCGGCGGGGCUCGGCACCGGGACGUGGCGCUGAUGAAGCCCGUGCAUGUGGGCAGCAAAGAGGAGGAGCUGUUGGAGAAUUGGCGGGCCAUCCUGGGGCUGGGCAUCCUGGAGACCGAGUGCGGCAGGCCGCUGUUCUCCGUGCACUCCGGCCUGUGGAGGAAGUGCUACUUCAAAGGCCUGGACCCGGAUAUCGAUAAGCUCAUCGACCGGGGUAUCGCAGAUCGCUGCAAAGCUGUCAAGUAUCACUUCUCUCAGCCAAUCAGACUGAGGAACAUCCCUCUGAACCUGACCAGAACCAUCCAACAGGACGAGUGGCACCUGCUGCACCUGCGGCGCAUCACGGCAGGCUUCCUGGGCAUGGCGGCAGCGGUCUUGCUGUGUGGGAGCAUCGUGGCGUCAGUGGGGUUCUUCUGGGAGGAGAGUCUGACGCAACAUGUCUCUGGUCUGCUGUUCCUCAUGGCAGGGAUCUUCUGCACCAUCUCUCUGUGUACAUACGCCGCCAGCGUGACCUACGACCUCUCCAGAAACCCCCCCUUCAUCUACGGUCUGCCGGCAGACGUGGAUCACGGUUACGGCUGGUCCAUCUGCUGCGCCUGGGCCAGUCUGGGUCUCACAGUGGCCUCCGGCUGCCUCGGCACCACCUUCCCCUUCCUGAGCCGCGCCGGAGCUCUGCACUCCAAAACCGCCCGCGAGUCCUCCGUCUGAGCCGCUGGCUGCCAAUCAAACAGAGGAGGAGGAGCGGGAGGGGAUAAUGACCGAACCUCGGGCUGCACCUGGCUGAUGUAACAGACUGGAGGCGGGGCGUCGGCCUCCAGGUGGAGCUGCAGGAGUUCAGCACCUGUUUCUAAAAUGUGUUCAAAGAAUCGCACUUUUAAUCUGAAGCAAAGUGUUUGUAAGACAGACGUGUGUCCCUGCACCACAGUGCCCCCUGCUGUGGAGUUUAUCAUGUGGACAUUCAUGUAACACACACACACACACACACACACACACACACACACACACACAUGCACACACACACACACACACACACACACACGCACACACUAUAAUGUGACAGCUGCAGUCAAGUCCGAGUCAGACUGAGAGCAGCCGAAACUGACGCUUCAGUUAGACCAAAAUCCACCAGGUGACACUGGCAGGAAACUACAGGAGCUAACAAGCUAACAGGCUAACCUAGCAGUUCACAGAAUCAGUGACAUCGUCUCUGCAGCCAGUCAGCAUCCUUCCUUUGUAUGGUCUCACCUGUAAACAAACACUUAAAUCUUCAGUUAUGACUCGAUAGUUCAGACCGACGAUUCACUACAAGAUGAAACGUCACAGAGAAAAGUGUCAGCGGUGUGAACUGGCCGGUCUGAGCUCGACUCAAGCCGGCUGAUGAUGUCACCUGACACUCAGCUGGUCAAAUGGUCGACGAUGGGUUUUAAGGCACGUCACCUGUUUCAACAGCCAGUCAGCUUGUAGUGAAGUCAGCUGGUCAAGUCAAAAUGACCACAGACGGCGUGUUGGCUUGCUGCAGCAGGUGCUCCGUCCCCACAGAGCCCUCUGUUUCUGUCCUCACGGUGUGCUGGUGUCAGACGGUGGGUCGCUGCUGCUGCUGCUGGCUGUAUGUGCUUAUGCCCCGCCCACACACACACAUUCUCAUUGACUGAUGAAUUGGCGCUGGUUAUUUAUAUUAUUGUGGCGUAUUGAUUAUGAAUACAGUCCAUCUGAUGCUGGUUUUGUUUCAUCACUGUAGCCAGUAUCUCACUAUCACUAUCCUCAUUCAGAUUUUAAGAAGCUACAAAUUAUAUUCAGCCACAAAAUAAGUCUGAAAAGCUGCAAAUCAGAACGAAGCACAGAGAGUUGUUGACUAGAGAUGAUACACCGUCUCAUGGUGGUCACUUCCUGUCAACGUUACAGAUCAGAAGUACAGAGAGUUGUUGACUAGAGAUGAUACACCGUCUCAUGGUGGUCACUUCCUGUCAACGUUACAGAUCAGAAGUACAGAGAGUUGUUGACUAGAGAUGAUACGCCGUCUCAUCGUGGUCACUUCCUGUGAACCAGCACUUUUGGCAGUGGCUUCCUGUUUGAGCUGGUCUGGUUGUGAAUCUUCGGUCUUUAUAGAAACAUAUCAGGGAGGUUUGCGAGGAAACGUUCAGACUCGACUGCGGCAGCAAACACACUGUAGAUCUCAAGAUCCAAACCUGCAGCUCCACAUCCGUGACAAACAUUUAAACAAAUCUCAGAGCGUCUUUCGUCUGUUUCAGAGCAGCUUGCUGACGGAACAAAAUCAGUUUCACAAAUUUACCUUCAGUGGUGUCUUUGAGUUCAGAUUCCAGUGAAUCCAGUCAGAUCAUGAGGUGAUGAUCAUCCUCACUAUCACUGGUUAAAGCUCUUAAUCAGUCAAACUUCAUGAACACAUGACUGUAGAAGUGACGCAGUGAUGGUAUCAUAAUAACACUGUUGAGUGAUGCGACAGGCAAGUUUCAGCUCGGAUGAAUUUCAGACUGAAGUCUCUCUCAGUGCAGAUGUGACGAGGAGAUAUUUGAGGUUUGGAUCACAGAGUUCAUCCACACACACUCAGAUGUAUAUAUAUAUAUAUAUAUAUAUAUAUAUAUAUGAAAGUGUAGUGUUUUUUACCUGAUGAAGAACUUGAAGCAGUGUUCUGUAGGAGGUGUUGUUUGUUUCGAUGCAUUCAGCCGUCGGCCUGCGAGCUGAGCCACAGACUGACUCUGACUGUGGAGCUGAAUGAGGAACAUCGUGUAUGUCUGGUGAGCGUGUGGAACAUUUACAACAGAGUCCCUUUACUCAUCAAACGAUAAACGCUGAGCCUGAUUCACCCAUCGACUGGUCUGUGGAUCGUUUCUCUGUCCGGAGGAUCAAUGUCCCCUCUGCCUUUCCUUCUUCUUCUCUCACACAGGAAGUCCAGGUGUAUAAACUGAUGUAUUAUGAUGUAACAGAAUGAAUGCUGCUGCUUAGUGCUUUAUUAUUUAUUCAAUUAAGGAGUCAACAUUGAGUCAUCUUCAGCUCAGUCUCAGAUAACCCACAGGCUGGAUGCCAUGUCUGUGUAACCCUUUUUAUACCCUCUAAUGUAUGUCUGAUACCCCUUCUUAUACCCUCUAACCGAACAGGCUGAUGGGAAGUGAAUGUUUCUUCAUCACGGAUUUCUGAUCAGAUGUCAGCAACUAUCUGAUAACCCUCCUGUACCUUCUGGUACCCCGCCAUAACCCUCCUGUACCCUCUGGUACCCCGCCAUAACCCUCCUGUACCCUCUGAUACCCCACCAUAACCCUCCUGUACCCUCUGAUACCCCACCAUAACCCUCCUGUACCCUCUGAUACCCCGCCAUAACCCGCCUGUACCCUCUGGUACCCCACCAUAACCCUCCUGUACCCUCUGAUACCCCACCAUAACCCUCCUGUACCCUCUGGUAGGGCUGUGUGGUAUUCCGAUUCGUAUCGAAAACUGGUAUUUAUUUUCGUUAUGAUAUGAAUUUUUCAUAUACCGCAAUACCGGUGAAUAGCCCAAACAACGUCCUGAACAUGCGCGGUGGGAAAGUGUUUCAGCUGGGACCCAUUUCACCGCUGCACACCACAGGCGUGCUAGAGCCGGUGAGAGUGAGAGCAUAGAGAAAAGUUAAGAGGCGAGAAUGGCUGCCGGAGAGAGUCCUGAAAGUGGAGCAACUGUACCCGUUGCUGAAGAAGAACACGAUGACCCAGAAGAACUCAUACCACAAAGAACAGUGUUUCCCCUAUAUGCAACUAGCAGUGGCGCACCGCUCGUCUUAGCCCUUUAGAAACUACCGUUACAUUAUUUGGCACUACAGACGCUUCAUAUCCAGGCCUAUAGAACAGGUCUAUACCUUGUCCUUUUAUUAAACAAACUAAAUAGCCUUAUGUUAUUUCUCUUAUUUACAUGAAUGCAUGUCAUUUCUGUUUCUACAUGAUUGUGCGUUUACAAUUCUAUGCUCUCUGUACCACGCAUGGCGGAGUUUCGCCCCUUUGCGCACGCACACACACACACACACACACACACACACACACACACACACACAGAUACA